AUGAGGCUCCUCAGGUCCGCUCUGCGGCAAAUACAUACACCUCUCCGGACUUCUACCAGAGUAUUACCCCGAGGAAGGGCAUGGAGCCGGGGCUAUGCAACAUCGAUUUCAGCAGCCGAACUCGAAUUUGGCCAACCCGUUUAUGAGACGCAUCCGCACCUUUUGAAACCUGGUGAAGUAACACCCGGCAUCACCGCCCAAGAAUAUGCCGACCGCCGCGCCAAGCUCGCCUUCAGCUUGCCCGAGGGCGGCGUGGCCGUGCUCCCCUCGGCCGAAGUCAAGUACCGCUCCGGCGCCGUCUUUUACCCCUUCCGGCAAGAAUCCAACUUCCUCUACCUAACCGGCUUCUCCGAGCCGCAGUCCCUCGCCGUCAUCCGCAAAACAGGCCCCUCUCUCGGCGAAUACACCUUCCACCUCUUCUGCCGUCCCAAGGACCCCAUCGCCGAGCAGUGGUCCGGCCCCUGGAGCGGCCUCCGCGCCGCCGAAGACGUCUUCAACGCCGACGAAGCGGCGACAUCAACGCCUCCCGGGUUUACGGCGCCGCAACGGGAUCUGUACGCGGCCGUGCUGGCGGUGCAGCGCAAGAGCGUGGGGUUGUGUACGGCGCGGAGUGGGUUGUCGCUGGAUGAGGUGCAUCGGGCGACGGAGGAGGCGCUGCAGGGGGAGUUGGGGCGGUUGGGGUUUGAGUUUGGUGGUGGGGGGUUGAUGGGGCGGCGGGGGGGCGAUGUGAUGGGCACGCUGUUUCCGCAUCAUGUCGGGCACUACGUCGGGCUGGAUGUGCAUGACGUGCCUGGGUAUCCGCGGUCUGUGCCGCUCAAGGCGGGGCAUUGCGUUACUAUCGAGCCGGGGGUUUAUGUCCCUGAUGAUGAGAGGUUUCCGAAGCAUUUUAGGGGGUUGGCGGUGAGGAUUGAGGAUAGCGUGUGUGUGGACGAGGAGGAGCCGCUGGUGUUGACGCCUGAAGCGGUUAAGGAGGUGGAGGACAUCGAGGCGCUGAGGUAG